CCAGGGCGAUGAACGACAUCGGGGACUACGUGGGCUCCAACCUGGAGAUCUCCUGGCUGCCCAACCUGGACCACCUGAUGGAGGGCUACGCCCGCAACUUCCGCCCCUGCAUCGGAGGCCCCCCUGUGAACGUGGCGCUUGCCAUCGAGGUAGCCAGCAUCGACCACAUCUCGGAGGUGAACAUGGAGUACACCAUGACCGUGUUCCUGCACCAGAGCUGGCGGGACGGCCGGCUGUCCUACAACCACACCAACGAGACGCUGGGCCUGGACAGCCGCUUCGUGGACUGGCUCUGGCUCCCCGACACCUUCAUCGUCAACGCCAAGUCCGCCUGGUUCCACGACGUGACCGUGGAGAACAAGCUCAUCCGGCUGCAGCCCGACGGGGUGAUCCUGUACAGCAUCCGAAUCACCGCCACGGUGGCCUGCGACAUGGACUUGGCCAAGUACCCGAUGGACGAGCAGGAGUGCACGCUGCACCUGGAGAGCUACGGCUACUCGGCUGAGGACAUCGUGUACUACUGGUCGGAGAACCAGGAGCAGAUCCACGGGCUGGACAAGCUGCAGCUGGCCCAGUUCACCAUCACCAGCUACCGCUUCACCACGGAGCUGAUGAACUUCAAGUCGGCCGGCCAGUUCCCUCGGCUCAGCCUGUACUUCCACCUGCGGAGGAACCGGGGCGUCUACAUCAUCCAGUCCUACAUGCCCUCGGUCCUGCUGGUCGCCAUGUCCUGGGUCUCCUUCUGGAUCAGCCAGGCGGCCGUGCCUGCCAGGGUGUCUCUAGGCAUCACCACGGUGCUGACCAUGACCACCCUGAUGGUCAGCGCCCGCUCCUCCCUCCCGCGGGCGUCGGCCAUCAAGGCGCUGGACGUGUACUUCUGGAUCUGCUACGUGUUCGUCUUCGCCGCGCUGGUGGAAUACGCCUUCGCCCACUUCAACGCCGACUACCGGAGGAAGCAAAAGGCCAAGGUCAAGGUCACGGAGCGGAGGGCAGAGGUGGACGUGAAGCACGCCAUCGUGCUGUUCUCCCUCUCGGCUGCCGGCGUCUCCCAGGAGCUGGCCGUGUCCCGGCGGCCGAGCCGCCUGCCCGGGAACCUCCUGGGCUCCUACCGGUCGGUGGAGGUGGAGGCGGGGCCGGCCGAGAAGCAGGGAGGCCUCCGCUCCCUUUUCAAGCCCAUCGACGCGGACACCAUCGACAUCUACGCCCGCGCCGUGUUCCCCGCGGCCUUCGCCGCCGUCAACAUCAUUUACUGGGCGGCGUACGCCCUGUGA